AAGUAUUUGAAGAUCUCACGAUGGCAUCCAAUCCUGUUCCCUUCUUUGCCUCCAUAAACCAGAGUGAAAAUUAGAGACAGGUAGUGAGGGACUCAGCGUAUCAAACAAAAGCAAACCUAACAAAAUCAUGGAGGGGGCUUUAAUGUUCACUUCCUCGCCGUCACGGCCUUCUUGCUUCGCGCAUGGCGUCUUCAAUAAGUUCCAGCUCAAUCCAACCACUUCAUCCAAUCUCAGAAGAAAACCUUUCUCCAUUAAAGCUGCCGCUAAGAGCUUCAGGACGACACUCUCCACAGACUGGAAUCUCUCCAACUCUACUGGUCCUUGGAUGCCCAGAUUCGAAGAGCUUGAUACAACCAACAUGCUUCUCCGUCAGAGAAUCGUCUUUUUGGGCUCUCAGGUGGAUGACAUGACUGCGGAUUUGAUUAUUAGUCAGCUGUUGUUUCUAGAUGCUGAAGAUCAGAAGAAAGACAUUAAGUUGUUUAUAAAUUCACCUGGUGGCUCUGUAACUGCUGGAAUGGGUAUCUACGAUGCAAUGAAGUUGUGCAAGGCAGAUGUCUCUACUGUUUGCUUGGGUCUUGCAGCAUCUAUGGGUGCAUUUCUUCUUGCUUCAGGGACAAAAGGAAAGAGGUUUUGCAUGCCAAAUUCGAGAGUGAUGAUCCACCAGCCUCUUGGUACUUCUGGGGGAAAAGCAACAGAGAUGGGGAUACGAAUAAGAGAGAUGAUGUACCACAAAAUUAAGCUGAACAAAAUAUUGUCAAGAGUCACAGGGAAGCCUGAAGAACAGGUUGAAGCAGACACUGACCGUGAUAAUUUUAUGAAUCCUUGGGAGGCAGUGGAAUAUGGGUUGGUGGAUGCAGUCAUUGAUGAUGGUAAACCUGGGUUGGUUGCACCAAUUGCUGAUGCAACUACUCCUCCUCCCAAAACCCGUGUAUGGGAUACAUGGAAAAUUGAAGGGAGUAGAAAAGCCAAGAAGAAUUUGCCCUCAGAACAUAAGCUUCUACAGAAUGGGUUCCAAGAGGGUGAAAAAAGUGAGGAGGAGAGGAGCAAGGAGGAGCCAGAAAAGGAAGCAACCACACCAGUGUGAGGUGAUUGAUACAGCCCUACCCUGCCUAAAUUAUGUGAUUAUGUCCCCAAGCGCUGUCAGCUUGAGGUUGUAGGGAGUUCACGAUGCCUGCUGAACAUGGAAUAGUCAAAUGUGGAUAGAGAUCAGCAAUAGAAAAAUCUUACUACUUAUUUUGUAAAAUCGACCUAGUUCAUGGUACAAUUUAGAAUUCCCAGUUUGAUCAAUUGUCAAAAUCAGCAUUUGCAAGCUGAAGUCCCCACUACAUUUUAACGAGCAAAAGUUAUUUCCUUCUGACUUA